AUGAAUAUGUUCGCGAAGGAUUGGAUGAUGUCAAAAAGUACUCAAGAGAGAAAUUUAAUGAUCCAAAGGGCUCAAAAAGCACGCAUACUUAUUAUAUGCUCUUACGGUAUAAUGGGAAUAACGUUCUUCUUCAGUACUAUAUUACCUAUAUUUGGAAUAACAAUGAGAUUGACUCCCAAUAUAACGGAUCCGGGAAGACCAAUGCCUUUACAAACCCAUUAUAUUUACGAUAUAACAAAAAGUCCGCAAUAUGAACUCACAUUUAUUAGUCAAGCCAUUUAUAUACCUAUCGCCAUGAUGGCUUAUGCUGGAGUUGACAAUUUUCUCAGUCUUCUGAUAUUUCAUAUAUGUGGUCAAUUAGAUAUUCUUCAAAAUCGUUUAAUACAUUUGGAUAAAUACAUAAAUUAUCACGACGUAUUAAAAACCUCCUUAGCAAAACAUAUCGAUUUACUUAGAGCUAUAGAUAUUAUUGAAGAUACAUAUAAUAUAACACUUCUUUUCUUAUUUAUAUAUUUUGCGAUUCUCUUUGCCUUCUAUGGAUUUCGAUUGAUUAGUCUAUUCGAUGAGGAAAAUGAUAUUUCAUUACGAUACUUUUUAAUUUUAAAUUAUUAUAAUCUUUUUAAGUGUAAUAAAAUUUAUUAUGCGGCAUAUAAUAAUAAAUGGUACACCAUGGAAUCAAAAGUUGUACGAGAUUUGCUACUUUUAAUGAUCAGGGGCUCUAAACCAAUUUAUCUCACUGCUGGGAAAGUGUCUCCUAUUAUAAUGACCACAUUUUGUAGUUUAGUGAAAACAUCAGUUGGUUAUAUAUCUGUUUUGCAUACAACAAGGAGUUAA